AGGAGGACUAUGAAGCUUCCUAACAUCCUGCUCACCGGUACAUCAGGGGUGGAAAAACCCACACUGGUCAAAGAAUGUACAUCAAGAUCAGGACUGAAGUACGUUAAUGUGGGAGAUUUAACUCAGAAGGGGCAGUUAUAUAAUGGCUAUGAAGAAGAGUACGGUUGUCCCAUUUUAGAGGAAGACAGAGUCGUUGAUGAGCUAGAGAAUCAGAUGAGAGAAGGAGACAUUAUUGUUGAUUACCAUGGUUGUGAUUUCUUUCCUGAACACUGGUUUCAUAUAGUUUUUGUGCUGAGAACAGAUAAUAGCAUACGGUACAAAAGACUUGAAACACAGGGUUAUAAUGUGAAGAAACUACAAGACAACAUUCAGUGUGAGAUUUUCCAAGUUCUUCUUUAUGAAGAAGCCAGAGCAUCUUACAAAGAAGAAAGUGUACAUCAGCUGACCAGUAAUGAACCAGAACAGCUGGAGGAUAACAUCAACCAGAUCUCAAAAUGGAUUGAGCAAUGGGUCAAAGAUCAUAACUCUUGA